CCUCACACCGGUCACGCCGAGCUCUGCCAGACGACCACCGCGCCAAAUGCCGCAGACCCACGGUGAGAAAAUGAACUGCUCAAACUCACACCGAUCCGCCUAGGGCGCACACCUCACCUCCGACCCACACGUCCGAUCCACACACUCACUCACCUCACCGAUCCACUCACCUCCGAUCCACACUAUAAAAUUUCAUAGUUGUUUAUUUAUAUAAAUAUUUAUAUAAUUAUGUACAUGUUUUUAUUUAUUAAUUUUUGUAUUAUACAUUGUUUAUAACUGUGUAUUUGUUGGUAAUGUAUAUCAAAAUUUUGGGACUUUUCUGAUUGCAGGUUUAUUAAUUUUUUCAAUUAUCCAUUGUUGAUUAAACUGUGUAUUUGUGGAUUAUGCAUAUGAAAUUUUGGGGCUUUUCUGAUUGCAGGUUAUUUAUCAAUUUUUUUAAUUAUCUAUUGUUUAUGAAACUGUGUAUUUAUGGGUGAUGCAUAUAUCAAUUUUGGGGCUUUUCUGAUUGCAGGUUAUUCCCAAUUGCUUUGUGGUCUGAAUUUUUUUUUAAGCUCUUUUGGGGCUUGACUGGUUAUGCAUGAUUGGUUUUUGCUGUGAUUUUUAUUAGAAUUUGGUUAGUUGGGUUCUGUGUAGAAAUUUUGGGGCUUCACCCAUGCUUGGUGUUAUUAUGUUCUUGCAGACCAAUAUGUGUGUGUUUAAACCUUCAUUGAAGGUGCUUUGGGUAUAUAGGUGAUUAUAAAUAGAAUGUAAUGUGAUGGUAUUGUGCUAUAUCAAUGUGCAGUUAUCAAUGUGAUGGUAUUGUUAUAGUGUAAAUAGAAUGCAAUGUGAUGGUUUGGAUGUUAUAUGUUUGUGGCUGAUUUUAUUUAUGGUGUAAUCAAUAGCAUACUUGUUUACAUAUCUCUUAGACUACAAUGUUUGUGAUUUUGUUAGAUGAAGAAAAAAACCAAAGCCGCAAUUCUUGCCUCAGUUGCAUCUGUCCUCCUUGUGGGGGUUGCAUUGUUAAAGAAAUUACGACGUAGACGUAGAGAUCUGCCUAGGGCGCCUUAUGUUAACCAUGCCGCCGAGAGAGAGGAAUACAUAAAUAGUGUUUUGCAUGGAAGUGAGAGACAUUGUGUGAAUCAACUUAGGAUGAAGCCUAUAGCUUUCCACCACUUAUGUCACACCCUCACUGAGGGGGAGCACGUACGUCCGACUGUUCACAUGUCUGUUACGGAGCAAGUGUUCAUUUUCUUGCACAUUAUUGGUCAUAAUGUGAGGUUUCGUGUAAUGGGUGGUCGGAUCUAUAGAUCAACUGAGACUGUUCAUAGAUACUUCAAAGUUGUCCUUAGGGGGGUCCUGAAAUUAUAUAGAGCUCUAAUAAGACUGCGUAGCGAAGAUACACCUCCAGAGAUAAGGAAUAGCAGAAGGUUUUACCCAUAUUUUAAGGAUUGUGUUGGAGCAAUAGAUGGUACACAUGUUCGUGCAUCUGUGCCACCUGAAAUACAAGGAAGAUUUCGUGGUCGCAAAGAUGGAACCACGCAAAAUGUGUUAGCUGCCAUUAGUUUCGACUUAAAGUUCACUUAUGUGUUGGCUGGAUGGGAAGGCAGUGCACAUGAUUCACGUGUAUUAAAUGAUGCAUUUGCUAGGCCAGGGGGAUUUUCAAUUCCCAAUGGUAAAUUUUAUCUUGGUGAUGCUGGGUAUGGUAAUAAAAAUGGAAUAUUGUCACCGUAUCGGAGUGUACGAUAUCACUUGAAAGAGUUUAGUGAUCGUCCUCUUGAGAAUGCGCAAGAAUUGUUCAAUCUCCGACACUCUUCAUUGAGAACUACCAUUGAGCGAGGGUUUGGAGUGGUGAAAAAACGUUUUCGAGUGUUGGAUGCAGAACCAUAUUGGUCUUUCCCAACCCAAGUGAAAGUAGUGUUAGCGUGUUGUGUGGUUCAUAAUCACAUUAUGGGGGUUGAACCAAAUGACCAUAUUAUGGAAGAUGCAAUGAACCAAGUAGAGCUUAGUGACCACCAACAAGAAACACAAUCCCGUCGGGAGUCCGUCGAAGAUAGUAGAUCAUGGAAUGCUAAGAGAGAUGAGAUAUGCCAAGCCAUGUGGUCUGAUUAUAUCAGGAGUGGAGAGUAGUACUUUAUUUAGAUUUUUAUGAUUGUAAUGUGUUUUUUCUUUUUGUUUUUUUUAAAGACAAUGUAUGUAAUAUAGACUUUUGGUGAUGUAAUGAAAAAGUAUUUUUAGCAUUACAUUGUUAUUUGAUGGUAUUACAUUGUCAUUUCCAUAGUUAGCAUGUUCCAUUCUGUUGUGCACAUUCAUAAGCGUGGUUGUAUGUGUGUUUGAUUUGUUAUUCAUGUUCCGAGUGUAAUUACUAAAUGCUACUCUCACUAUACUAUUUUCAUAUGUAGUAAUGUCAAAGGGUAAGGAAAAAGUUAGCGGCAGCAAGCAAUUUAGGUGGCUGCCACCUAUGUAUGAGAUGAUGCUAAAGAUACUAACAGAGGAGGCUGGAAAGGGCAAUAAGCCCUCUAAUACUUUUAGGGCCGGCUCCUUUGCUCUUGUAGCGAAGGAGAUAACGGCCCAUUUCGGGGUUGAGUGCCACCCUGUAUUUGUGGAGAACCGGAUGCGGACUCUAAGGUCGAUGUGGGCAACUAUUCAAGAGCUUAGAAAGAAGAGUGGAUUCGGUUGGGACGAAAAUCUGAAAAUGAUAACUUGUGACGCUAAAACAUACCAAGAAGAAGUUAUGGCACAUCGGAAGCAUGCCGAGUAUCUGAACAAAAAAAUUGAGUUUUACGAUGAAUUAGCGAUUGUGGUGGGGAAGGACACAGCCACAGGUGCCUUUGCUAAGUCCGGAGUGGAUAUCGAAAAUGAGCCAGAUAAUGGGGAUAAUGGGGAUAGUGCAGAGUUUGUGGCAGAUAAUGUGGAUGAAUGUGUGGUUGAAAAGGGGAAGAACGGAAAUGAAUCAUCCACCACUGGGUCGGGAAUUUCCAAGUCCCGCAAAAGAGGGCGUGCAGCUUCUAAUGCUGAUGAUAGUGUGCUGACUUAUCUGUCUGGUCAGCUGAAGGAAAUAGCUGUCGCUCUAAAAGAAAUUAAUCGGGGCCCGGUAGAUUACACAACUUUGUAUAACGAGGUAAUGGCUAUGAUGGCGGAUGGAUAUAGCGAAGAUAUGCUCGCUACUGCCUUUGACCAUCUUUGUGAGAAUGAGAAGACGGCACGUGGAUUUUUAGCCAAGAAUGCUAGGUUGAGGAAGUUGUGGUUAGAUGGUUAUUUUUUCUCACAAAUUUGAUUUGCUUAUUUCAUGUUGACUGUGAUGGUAGAUUUAGGAAUUAACUAGACAUUGUAGUAUUAAUAUUGACCUAUCAAUGUAUUAUAUAUGUACUCUUUUGUAUUAUUGGGACGAUACAAUUGCCCAAAUUAUGUAUUUGUACUGUUCAGAUACCACAAAUAGGUAUCAUUUUUGUAUGCCAUUGAGGUGUAAUGCCAAUGGUGAACGAUUGAUGUGGCUGUUUUUAUAUAAAUAUUAUGGGUAUAUUCGAAUGAUUA